AUGGCUGUCAACCGUCACGAAACAGGCACGUCGACGGAGUCAUUCAAUCUUGCAGGAGAACCGCUGGUCACUGCACUCGCCUACUCUCCUGAUGGUCAGCUUAUCGCCACUGCAGCUCAUCGCGACGUUGUUCAACUAUGGAACGCACAAACUCAUGAAGACGCCGGCCCAGGACCCAUAGCGGUGACAUUAUCACACGCUGAUGUAUACAUCAAACAGCUCGCAUUUUCUCCAGACGGCACUCGCCUUGCGAUUCUGGCGAAUGUGACAGUAACUAGAUUUGUAGGUUUAAGGGCCGUGCCGCGUGUGUGGACGUACAGCAUGGAGACAGGGGAGCUGAGGUGGGGGCCACAUCUGCGUUCUCAGUACAAGUCGGUCUAUUACGACGAAAUCCAUAGUGCAAGAGUUGAGUGGUCUCCCGAUGGUGCACAUAUCGCCGAAACUCGUUCCGACUCGAUCAUCUUGUGGGAGGUCGCACAUGACUCGAUCGAGAACACCAUCAUGCUGCCGACAAAGGUACACCAUGGCAUUGUGACUGCACUAUCCAUGUCACCCGACGGGCGAAACGUUGCCCUGGGAUGUGAAGAUCAGGAAGUGCAAAUGUACACCCUGUGCAGCCUUGAUGUCAAGACUUCUGCAUUGCUGUUUCUGGUUGACUACGCUCACGACAACACCAUUACUUCUAUCAAUUACUCCCUCGACGGAUUAGAGUUUGUUACCGGGUCUCGAGACGGAACUUUGAAGAUAUGGGACACGCUUUCAGGGACAGCAAAAGUUGUGCUCGAGAACAGCACUCCCAUUGAAUGGGUGCGAUUCUCCCCUGACUGCAAAACAGUUUUUAGCGGAGACAACAGAGGAAGUUUGCGCGGCUGGGAUCCGUCAGUGUCGGACUCUCUCAAGUUUGGUCCCAUCUCGACGGUCCCUUAUGGCGCACCAGUCGGCAUCAGCGCAUAUUCCCUAUCAGCCGAUGGAAGACAGGCGGCUGUGGCCAUAUACCACCAAUAUCUGAGAGAGACCCGUGCCAUUGAUUUGGUGAUGAUAUGGGACAUGUCCAACGCGACAAGGAUUCACCCUCAAGAAACAAUGCUUAUUCAAAUUGAACGCUGCAGCUCCAUGAACACGCUUAGUUGGUUUCCGGGCGGCAAACGCCUCCUAAUCUCAGAGAGAAGCGACAAAUCAAAGUCCAUCCAUACAUGGGACACGCAGCCCAUUCCCGUGCCGUCCAAUACGGGCGGCAAUGGAGGCGCGGAUGACAAAGUUACCACAAGCCAGCCUACAGUGCACCAGGUAUCUGACCAUGAUGCAACAGCAUCUGACGAAGAUUCAUUCAUGAAUUGGCCCGCUGUACCAAAGACGAGACAUUUGGAGCCCAAAAUGAACUUGGAUGACAUCGAGAUGUCUGAUUGUGGGUCGGUAACGGAGCCUACAGAUGGGGAACGCGUUAAAAAGACGGCUGACCUUCGACGCCUAUGGGCUCGAUUUGGACCCCGCAUUUACAAAACUCAAUGGAAAGAACGCGUUCACGCAGUAGUCUCCGUCGGAAGGCUUACGAGGCGUGAAUAUGCGUUGGGCCCCGAGCUAGGAGGCGAGGGCCGCUAUCCAUGUCGGGGACGCUACGUGCGAGAGCAUGCCGACGAUGAGGAUACUCCCAGUCCGAGCCCAUCGAGGAGUAAUAGUCCGGAUCUGCCACAGCAGAAUGGACAGCAGUCGGAGGAUAACGACGACGAAGAAACAAUAGCUGCUAUGCCAAUGGCGAAGCAGCCACACACCAAGGCUAGAAUGAACCUGAACGAUAUCGAAACGAAUGACCUUGAUGCCGUCGGGGGAUCGAGGGGCGGGGAACGCACAGGGAAGGCGGUUAGCGUUAAACCUCGACGACUAUGGGCACGAUUCGGAUUGGGCAGCUCUGGCCGAAAGCAGCGACGAGAGCGAGUGCACGCGGUAGUCUCCGCCGCAGAAGGUUUCAGACGCAACAUCGCGUUAGAUCCUGAGUCAGGAGCCGAGCAUCGCCGUGCAUCCAGAGAACGGCGUGCGAGAGGUCAUACCGGUGAUGAGGACAUUUCCAGCUCCAGUUCUUCGAGGGAUAGUAGCAUGAGGUCGCAGCCCCAGACCAAACAGCAGCCGGAAGCCGACAACGAGGAAGAAACAGGUCAAGCCGGGUGGUGUUACGCGUUGAGUCACUGCACUUGCCUGCCGUGGUUCAAGUGA